CUACUUAAACACUCUUCUUCUUUUGAAACCUCAGAUACAGUGAUUUUUUCCUCAAUUUCACCCACCGAUUGAUCAGGUUUUGAAUCAGUACACAGUUCAGUUGGUUCGUUUUUAAUUUUUUACAUGUUUAUUGCAGAAACAACUAAUGCAAAUGCAGUUAAAUGCUCUUGAUGCGUUCGAUAAUGAUGUGCUAAAUUAUGAAAUUUACAAAAAAGCUUUAGCUGAGGGUGAAGAAAAUGAUAACUCCAUUCGUGUAAAUGUUGUUGGUAAUUUCGACCAAGGCAAGACGUCAUUAACCAAUAUUCUUGUUGGAAAAGAUUCGGGGAGUGUUCAAAGCACCAAUGGUGUUGAAAUAAGUAGCUGUAAAUACUCUAAUGCACAAGAAGGUGUCAAGUUUUGUCCAGAGAGAUCUUCAUCAGACGAAAACGAAUACUUCAGACGUAUUGCGUCAUUAGUACAGAUUGAGAAAGAUGGAAACAAAUCAAAUCAAAGUACAGACAAUUCAAAACUUAUCAAAUUAAACGAAGAAAGUGCAAGCUUGGAAGAAAAUGUCAGAAAAACAGGACUAAAGAAAGAUAUUGAAAAGAGCUCACCUAAAUCAAAAGAUUAUCGGGAAGUUUCAAGAUUACUCAAAAUGAAAACAUGUGACACGUUUAAUACUGAUGGAGACCUACAGUUCUGGGAUUUUGGGGGUCAGUUUAUCUUUUAUGCAACACAUAUCUUAUUUCACAGUACGACUUCUGUUUAUCUCAUGGUUUUUAAUUUAACCAAACCUUUAUCAGCUAUUAUUGAGGAUCCUGAAUUUCCAAAUGAAUCUGUAGGGAAGAACAUGCAAGAGUAUGCAGAAUACUGGAUGAGAUCCAUACAUUCUUACGUUGGGUCCGACGAUGGUUUACAGCCUCCAGUCAUUCUUGUAGGUACUCAUAAAGACUUACUCGAAGGCGAUGAAAACAAUAGACAGAUAUUUGCAGACGACUAUUUUGAUGAAAUAAGGCAGCUUUUUGAGGAUACGCCAAUUAUCAAUCACAUUCAGGCAAAACAUUUCGCUGUCAAUUGCACCAAUCCUUGCGACAGUAGUAUUGUUGAACUGCGUAAAGAAAUCAUACGUCUUGGUUCGAAUUUACAUGGAAAGCUUAUUCCUGCGAGGUGGUUACCUCUUGAAAAAGAAUUGCUUGCAAAGAAACAUAAACACAUAAUUCUGCAUAGCGAAGUCGUGGAAAUUGAUGGAAAAAACGAGUUUCCGCUAAAAGACAAAGAACAAAUUAAAGUAUUUCUCCUCUAUCAACAUGCAAAAGGAAACUUAAUUUACUUUGACGAAGAGCCACUAUCAGCAUACGUUGCUCUGGACACGCAGUAUGUUAUUGACGCAUUUAGAUGUAUAAUAACUUCAGAGAGAUUUUGCAAGAGAGAACCAACAUAUCGUCAUCUUUGGAAGACCCUCAGACAGGAAGCAAAGUUAAACAUGCAAUUGCUUGAGAGAGUUUGGAGUACCGAUCCUAAAAACCACUUUCUUGAACACAAAGACGUGCUGCUGAUGUUAAUGCAAAGACAUCAUAUCAUUUCCGAAGCGUUGAGCUAUGACGACGAAACUGAAGAGACCAAAGGACUUGGGUGGUAUGUUGUACCAUCUUUUCUCCGAUCAUACAGAGCUAAUGAUGCUGUAAAAGAAUUUCUUUCUGGAAGACAACAGACUUUGCUGAAAUUUGUUAUGUCCUUUAAUAUCUCUCCCCUAGUGCAGAUAGUGUAUUAUCGUGUCAUCGCAGCUUUGGUUGGAAAAUGGCAAAUAGUCUCCAUUGAAAGUCCCGGACAAGAGAAGCAGGUAUUGCUGUAUGAAAAUCUAGGUGUAUUCAAACUUGACCGUUACCAUGUUGGAAUAAUUGAACAUCAUCAAGGUUUCAUUGAUUUAAGUGUCCAGAAACUUUGUAAUUCGGGUAUUAAUCCUGCCAUUGUCGACUUGUUUCGUCGAUUUGUAGUUUCAAACGUCAUGAACGAAUUUAAAAAGCAUAGGCAGCCAUCAAUAAAGCAACGAAGCCUUUUUGAGAUUUGCUUUAAGUGCAACGAAGAAAAUCACUGCUUUGGUGGAAGUCAACGAACUGUGUCAUUGGAAGACCUUCAAGAAUCAACGGUUGAACCUUGCCCAGAUAUGAUCAAAGGCCAUGAAAUAAGUUCACGACAGGCAAUUUCUGAAUGGUUUCAAGACCACUUGAACAUAGGAUUGAAAAAUGAUUACGUGUUGGGAGAAGAACAACUCAGCAAACUGUCUAACACAGUAGGUAAAAAUUGGCAGACCCUUGGAAUCAAACUUGGUUUACGCAACGUACAACUAGAGCAAAUAGAAUUGGAUAACCAAACAACAGGACUGAGGAUAUUUAAAAUGCUUCUAAAAUGGACUGUUCAGAAGCAAAACGAGGCCACCUUUAAUACACUUAUUCAAGCAAUGAAAUCUGCAACAGAAGUAUCCGUUGAUUGGGAUGAAGUUAAAAACAUCGCCGAGGAAAUAGAAUCCAAAAAUAGCACCAGACUAUAGCACUCCAGACAAGUAUUGUUUACAAAAACAAAUAUACAAAACAAUGAAGUCGUCACUCAGAUAAGCUGAAAGUCGUCACAUUUCUUAUUGGAGUAUCAAGACAGAGUAUCGAAACAAAGAUAUUUAUAAUCGUAUAAAAGACUCUUUGGAAACAAACCGUUUUAAUAAGAAUAUGUAGAUGGUGUUGGAAAUUUGAUAUGAUAUAAUUAAAUUAUUAUAAUACAAUGUUUGCAGUAAUCGAUUAAAAUGCCUACUUAGAAGCUGUACAGAAGAAUUAAGAUAGUUAUAACAGUUGAACGUUAUGUGAUUUGGAUGAAAGAAAAGUUCUUCGAGUAUCUAACUAUAUCAGAAAAAAACGAAAAAAUAUUCGCAACAUUUUUCGCAAUAUUAAUAAGACAUUAUUUUAUUUGUUAUCACUACAAUAAUCUGUGAAAUAGAAAGAAUAUCGAAACAAAGGGGUGUAACUCAAAGAAAAUAAUUGCAGAGCAUUUAAAUUUCCUUUGUCAUUGAAGUUAUAGAAAUAAUAAAAAACUAUCCCUGUCGUUACAAAAUGUUUACCCCUGAAGAAAUGUAACUAAUCUGCGAACAUUUGUAAAUGUCUUCUUCCACUUUCGUCACUAUUUAUAUCCUAGAACAAAAAAAA